GGGAGAAGAAUGUACUGUAUUACACUUGCCUUGUGAUCUAAAAGAACAGCAUUCGAAGUAAUGGCAACAGGAGACCUAAAAGGAAGUUUAAGAAAAAUAGAGCAAGGACUUCGCUUGUUAAAUUAUCCAAGAGAUGUGGAUUAUACUGGGUUAAUAAAGGGUGAUCCAGCUGUGUUUUUACCUAUCAUCAGCUAUUCUUUUACAUCUUUCUCAACGUACAUAGCAGAACUUCUGGUGAAAUGUGAUGUAGAACUCACAGCAAAGAGUGACUUGCGUUUUAUUGAAGCUAUUUAUAAGCUUCUUCGGGAUGUAUUUCAAUACAAACCAGUCUUAACAAAACAGCAAUUUCUUCAGUUUGGCUUUGCAGAACGAAAAAUGCAGGUUGUUUGUGACAUAAUCAACUUUGUGAUGAAAAAGCAUAAGGAAUUAAGUAACUCGAAUAAGGCCAAAUCGCAACCAAGAAGAAAACCUGGAUCUUUAAAAUAUGAGCUGUGGUCAAAUUGUGAUAAAGUUCAUGCUGAACCUAAUGACAAUGCUGUGAGUCUGAAACAGCCUCAAGUAGAAAGACAUCCACAAAGUGAAGAUGGUGACAACCUUCAUUCACCAGCCCUUCCAGCAGAGAGAAACAAUGAAGAAGAACAAUACUUAAAUCAGGAUGUUCUGGAAGUUGAAUGUGAACAAGUCUUAGAGGAUAAUUCUGAGAUAGAGUUCCUUAAGAGCCAGCUUGCUGAUUGCCAGGAAAAGCUUCAUAAGCUGGAUUGGAUAGAAGAGAAACUACACAUUUUAGAAGACAGAUUGAAAGGAAAGGUGAUCAUAGAUGAGAAGGACUGGAAUAAUUUGUUGAGUCGAGUUUUGCUCCUUGAAACUGAACUAUUGCUGCAGUCAAAAAAGAGUGAUGUAACGGAGUUUAACAAUGUAAAUCAAGAAUGUACAUCCAGUAAGAUUCCAGUUUCUCCUGCUACAGAGAGGAAGGAGGAGAUGCCAGAGAGUCUUCAUCUUCGUCCGUCGUCUGGAUAUAGCUCGCUAUUAUCCACAAUCCCAUCUCCCAAAGCCAUGACCGUUAAUUGUCAUGACCGGACAGAUGUUUCAAAGGAGACAACAAGACAAAGAAUGGAAAGGAUAAGUAAAAUGAUUGAAGAGACCUCCGAAUUGUUGAAAAACUCAAGCAGCACCUCUGAGAAGACCUGAAGAACAACAGAUCUUUGGACCUAUUCUUUGUAGUUUAUGCAUAUUGUAACUAAUAUAUGUUUGUACAGCAUUGAAAUUUUAAUAUAUAAUUUGAUCACCAGUGCUCUUACUGUUUUAGAAUAAAUUCUUUUAAUGCA